UUGGGCACCUGCUUCUGUUUGACUUUGCUUUUAGCUCACGUCUACAGGACCUGCUGUACAGUUUAAGAUAGUAGCUGAUGGGGCGUGGUGGGAGGGGCCCAGUCAGCCCCACUCUGGCCACCACCCCAGCCCAUUAUGACCUCCCUGGUCCUGCCCAGGCCUUUGUGACAGUUGCCCCUGAGGUGCCUAUGAGCCAUGACACCCAGAGCUCCCUUAGUAAGAGGGUGGCAGGACAGGCCAGGCCAAAGCCUGGACCUGGGGUCAGGAAGGGGUCACAGGGAGGAAUGGAGGGGCCGAAAACCCUGGGACCCUGCGGCCACACCCACCCCCAGUGCCCCCAGCCCCCAGCUCCGAGCAGCCACGGGGGGUGCCUGGACCCGCCCUGCCCAGUGUUCGCCAGGUGGCCCUGCAUGGUGCCUCUCAGCCCCACCCACUCGAUGGAGACUGCCAGGCCUUUCUCAGCCCUGGGGACAGGGAGUGGGGGACCCAGGGUUGGAGGCGAGGUACCCGGGAACUUCAUCACAAGUGAGGACGGCGAGCUGCAGCGACAGAGGCCGCGAGACCCAGCAAGGAUGAGACAAGGACAGACGGACGCCAGGCUGGGGUGGGGCUGGGCCCUGCACUCCAGCCGCGAGCGAGAGCAGAGGGCUUCCCGGCAUGCGGCAGGGCCCAGCUCCGGGCCCCGGCCCUGCCCAUGCCCACCCCUGAUCCCGGGCACAGGGGCCUCAGCCUCGCCCAGGGCAGACCCCCCCCAGCUCCAGGGCAUUCCCCUGGGGCCUGCAGAGCAGUCCUUCCUCCAGCUGGAGCAGGAGAACCAGAGUCUGAAGAGGCAGAACCAGGAUCUGCGGGAGCAGCUGGGGGCCCUCCUGGGGCCGGGGCAGCAGUUCCUGCCCUUGUGCCCAGAGCACUCGAGCUGUACGGCCCUGGCCUGGGUGAGUGCGGGGCGGGGCACGGCCCUGGCAGGACCGCGGGUGGCUCUGCGGAGCGCCCUGUGGCUCCAUGCGCUCCCCCCCCACCCCACUCCCAAGCAGUCCAUGACCGCGGACGCUGCCGAUGGCCUUGGGGCUGAGCCAGGGGCUCCUCCGCAGCCCCCUGAGCAGGCCUGCGCCCGGCCCCUGGAGGACAGGGCCCCUCUGCAGCUGCUGCGGCAGGAGCUGUGCCGGGGCGAGGAGUCCUUCGUGCAGCAGUCCCAGAACGAGCUGCAGCAGAUCCGACUGUCCUUUGAGAGGAAGAAAAUGGCUAUCACCGAGGUGCCACCUGCAGGGGUGUGGGACGGCGUGGCUGAAGUACACAUGGCCCUGAACAACCAGGCCACCGGGCUCCUGAACCUCAAGAAGGACAUCAGGGGCGUGCUGGACCAGAUGGAGGACAUCCAGCUGGAGAUCCUGGGGGAACGGGCCCAGUGUCGCACCCAAGCCAGGAAAGACCAGAAGAUGGCAUGCAGAGGGAAGGCACGGCCGCAGCUGGGAUGCUCCGAGGGCCUCAGAGGCCAGCUCUGGCUGCUGGCCCUGAGGCUGCUGCUGGGGGCCCUGCUGGCCUGCACCGCCGCCUACGUGUACGUGGUCGACCCCGCGCCCUUCGAGGGGCUGGUGCCGCCCCUGCUGAGCCGCGCCGCCGUCUGGAAGCUGCGGGCCCUGCUGGGCCCGUUCCUGCGCCUCGAGGUGGACGGCUUCCUGCCCUUCUAGGCCGGAGGCCCAGCGGCCCCAGCGAGGAGGAAGCCAGCAGGCCGGCGCGGCCCCCGGGGCCCAGCGGCCGCGCCGGCCCCCGCCCACGGCACUGCGGCGCACCGUCCCCGCCCGGAAGCUUGGAGA